CCAAUUGGCUAGAUAUGCGUGGAGAAAACCCGCAUGGGCUUAUUCAUUCAUAAUGCCAUAUAAACACAAGGAGAAAUUGCAGUGCUAGUAGAAUCAGUUCUCCCUCAUUCGACAACUCUUACAGAUCUGGGAGUUGUACGAGUCGAUUCAGGAAUGGCUUUAGGUGGAACAGGUCCCCCAAGAGGCAGUGCAGCAGCUGCUGCUAGCAUGCGCAGGAGAAGAACAACAAGUGGUGGGGCCUCAGGAGGAGCGGCAGGGACUAUGCUUCAGUUUUACACUGAUGAUGCUCCAGGACUCAAGAUCUCCCCAAAUGUUGUAUUAAUGAUGAGCAUUGGGUUCAUAGCUUUUGUUUCAAUUCUUCAUGUUGUGGGUAAACUCUACUUCUUUCGUAGAGAGGAUUAGAAGUGUGCUUGUGAUAGGAAUGUCAGUUUCGGAAGUUGAAUUUUGCAUUUUGAGUAGGUAGCGUAACUAAUUGAAAUGCAUUUUUGAAUUGUUGCUACAAUGAUAAUUAAAACAUCUCUAAUUGAAGAUUAUUUAGCCAAUGGGUAAACAAACAUCUCAUUGAGCAUUUCGCAGGUCCA